CCCCCGUCCCGUCAAUUUUAAAACGUCUGUGCGCGUUGCGUCCGCUCGCGCGUAUCGUUAUAUCGCCGAUAUAAAAAUAUAAAAAAUACAACAAUUAUUUACUUUACAGUAUAACUUUACGAACACAUCGAUUGUUAUCCUAAUUUUCAAACGUGAAAAUGUCUGUGAUAGGAAAAGUGCUUGUGCCUAAUGUAUCGGCUCUAAAAUUUGGAAAAAUAAGCACGUCAUUGCUAUCUGUGAAAUAUAAUCGUAGUUAUUUUACGUAUACACAAGAACUGUCCCAGCCUUUGGAUAGGAAACCUGAAUUUGUUACUGCAAAGGAGGCAUUCGAGAAAUGUUUAAAAUCUGGUCAGACAGUAUUCGCCCAGGGCGCAGCGGCGACCCCAGUCCCGCUCCUAAACGCAAUGACUGAUGUUGGUAAAGCGGGGUCCAUGAAGGACAUAAAGGUUGUCCAUAUGCAUACAGAACUAGAAGCAAAAUAUGUGGCCCCGGAGUGCAAGGAUAUCUUCAGAUCGGUGUCGCUGUUCAUGGCGGCGAAUGUGAGGAAGUCAGUCGCUGAAGGCCGGUCUGAUGCUAUCCCCAUUUUCCUGCAAGAUAUCCCGAAGCUCUUCCACAGGAAGAUCAUUCAGCCCGACAUUGCUGUUAUCCAGGUGUCACCCCCCGACCAGCACGGCUACUGCAGCCUGGGUACCUCCGUGGACUGCGUCAGAGCCGCCCUCGUUAAUUCCAAAACUAUUAUUGCGCAAAUCAACCCGCACAUGCCGCGCACGUUCGGCGACGCAAUCAUCCACGUGUCGCACGUGGACUACGCGGUGGAGGACGCCACGCCGCUGCCGGAGCACGGCGGGAAGGGCGCCAGCGCGGAGGAAACCCGCAUCGGCCAGCUCAUCGGGGACAACCUCGUCGAGGACGGCGCCACCUUGCAGAUGGGUGAGUCGGCGCUCACACCUACUCACUGA